CUAAAACGAAUGCAACAUGUGGCAGUUUCACAGUGAAUGACGCUCGGGUGUGUGGCGAUACAGCCAGUCGGGGCUGGUGUGCUCAUCCCGCAGCAUGGAGAGCGAUGAGGAAAAUCUAGAGGAGCUGGUGGAAGCUUCUCGUGUCAGUUCUCCGUAAAUCUCCACGAGUCAGUCUCACUGCAGGCCCGCGCCAGGGACUUUAUUUCAGUAGUGAACCCGCUUGACAGGCGGCAGAGUGCGGUCCGGGUCAUGUGUGUGUCCCGCUGCCUGCAUGAGAGGUCCAUUGGAUGACGAUGGUCAGCCCCAUGGUUUCUGCACUCUGACCUACUCAUCCAGUGAUCGUUUUGAGGGACACUUCACCCAUGGAGAGAAGAAUGGAAGGGGCAAGUUCUUCUUCUUUGAUGGAAGUACCCUGGAGGGUUUCUAUGUAGAUGAUGCUCUCCAGGGCCACGGGGUGUACACGUAUGAAGAUGGCGGUGUACUCAAUGGAACGUAUGUGGAUGGCGAGCUCAAUGGGCUUGCUCAGGAGUUUGAUGGAGAGGGCUGUCUGGUUUUCAAGGGCCAGUAUAAAGACAACAACCGCUGUGGGGAGUGCUGGGUCUCCUACCCUGAUGGGGGCUGUGUGUUUGGGAAGGUGAAUGAGGAGGGGGAGAUGACCGGUGAAUCUGUAGCGUACAUCUACCCAGACGGACACACAGCUCUCUUUGGAAGCUUUGUGGAUGGCAACCUCAUCGAGGCUCGCCUUGCCAGUCUGAUCUCCUGCGUGACUGGAAAGUCAUGCUUUGAUGUCCCACCAAACAGUCCUGUAUACUCGUAUGACCGGUCCACAUCCACCUGCAUUGCCACUCACACUCUGCUGCCUGACCCGUAUGAAAGCAAAAGGGUGUUUGUGGCAUCAUCAGUGAUUAAAGGAGCCGGACAGGGAUUGUUUGCCAAGACCGAUGCCAAAACGGACACUGUGAUGGCUUUUUAUAACGGAGUACGCAUUACACACUCUGAGGUCGACAGCAGAGACUGGGCCCUGAAUGGAAACACCAUCUCACUGGACGAGGACACUGUUAUUGAUGUCCCUCAGCCACUGGACCAGACAGAGAGAUACUGUGCCUCUCUGGGUCACAAGGCAAACCACUCCUUCACACCUAACUGCAAAUAUGACCCGUUUGUCCAUCCCCGUUUUGGACCCAUCAAGUGCAUCAGAACAUUGAGGGCUGUGCAGAAAGACGAGGAGUUAACUGUUGCUUAUGGCUAUGAUCAUGGGCUGACUGGGACGAAUGGUCCAGAGGCUCCUGAUUGGUACAAGCAGCAAUUGGAAGUGUUUCAGCAGAGACAGGUUGCUGCUCCUGGCCAAUGAGAAUGCAGACGAAUACCUCUGGAAAAUGUUGUGUGUGCUGAAACCUUACAAGACUCCUGGAGAUUUAUGGCACUUGAUAUCCUGUGCAGUUGCAACACACUCUAGAUAUUUAUGCUUUUGUAAGUUGUAUUCAUGUGGAAUACUGCUUUAGCAAUUCAUGUGAAUGUAUGUAGUAUGAUUGGAGGCCUUGGAGGUACAGGGCGACACACGAACUAUGCAAAAAACAAUUGUAACAUGACAUAUUACAUUCAGUAGAUGGAUGUGCUGAUAUGCCCUUUUUUUUACUGUCCUCCUCAUCACAUAUUAUACAUAUAGGGAUGAUUUACCUGCUGAUGAUUGGUGAUUGUAAAUUCAGGGUAUGACAAAUUUAUUUCUUUCAGUUUUCCCUAUUUUCACAUAACUGUCAUAAAUACUGUUUUUAUGAUGUAGUAUUUAUCAUAUGUUUUUAAACUGUUAAGCUUACACAAUUGAAUUCAUUCAGCUGGCCCCAUGCUGACAAAAUUGCAAAAGUUUUAGACACUUUAGGUAUAAAUUCUUAUCCGCCAUCAGCCCCAUUAGGAGGUUUGGAUUUUUACACCGUAAUACAGAACCAUGUUCAGAGACAAAACAAGAUAAGGAGUCCUGCUGCAGAUGGUCCAGUCUGGUCCCACAUGUGAGGGAUCCCUCUCCCAGGACGGACAGAAGUGCAAUAGAUGCCACGUGUAGCAUCUAUUGCACUUCUGUCCGUCCUGGGAGAGGGAUCCCUCACACGUGGCUCUCUCUGAGGUUUCUACGUAUUUUUACCCUGUUAAAAGGGUUUUUAGUAAUUUUUCCUUACUCUUGCUGAGGGUUAAGGACAGAGGAUGUCACACCCUGUUAAAGCCCUAUGAGAUGAAUUGUAAUUUGUGAAUAUGGGCUAUACAAAUACAAUUUGAUUGAUUGAUUGAUAAAAGGUGGUCAGACCAAAUUUUGAUUUGAUUCAGCUUUUUCUUUUUACUGCACACACAUGAAGUUAAAUGAUAAAUUCGAUGCAUGGCUUUAUUUAUGUAGGUAAAUACUUUACUGUUUUUUUUCUUUUUUAAAGUCCCUAAAACAUUUGCACAGUGCUGUAAAUUUACAAAGUAUAAAUUUGAAGGCAUAUACACAGGCUUAAACAAUGCUUAUGUUAUAUACAGUAUAUAUUAAGGUAACUAUAAUAUCUGAAAUUGGUUAUGUAUUGUAUUAUCUGGCAGUAGUACAUUAUAUACUGUAUGUUAGCCUAUUCCACUUUUCUAACCCAAUUGUUUGUGUUAAGACCCUUCAAAUAAAGUCCAAGAUAAAGACUA